AUGGGCGUUGACAUUGAAGUGCUGCGCUCACAGUCGCCAUUGGACGGGCGGGUGGUCACCAUCUGCAACGGGCCGUCGGUGCUGGACGGCCUGCGGGAGAGUGUGUAUGUGGCGCACUUGCCGCUGAAGGCGCUGGGCUUUCAGGCGAACUCGGUCGUUUCGCUGCGGAUGCUCGAGCUGGGCGAGGGCGGCGAGCUGGUGGAGGUCGGUGGCGUUGCAGGCAGGUGCCACGGCGCGUUGUUUGCGAUUCGGCCGGCCGAGGAUGGGUGCGUUCACGCCUGGGUUGGCGACGAGUACGGCCAGAUCAUCGCCCGGUCUACUCUUCCCGGGCAAGCGUUGAGCCGGGUGAGCGGGCGCAAGGAGGCCGGUAAGGGCAUCUUCCUCCGCUCAAGCAAGGCCGUCAAGGUGGUAGAUGGCGAGGCGCCGACCUGGGCGUCUGCCUCGGGUAUGGCUUGGCCCGCGCCGGACGCACGCACCGUCCUCGUCUCGGAUGCCGCGGCGUUUUCUGUCCGAGCGCUUGAUCUCGAGUCUGGCGCUGCAGUGACGCUCGACAGUGGAGAUCAUCUCAUGCACGUUUCUCACGUCACGCUCGUCGACGAGCGGGUGUAUGUUUUUUCCGACUACGCCGUGCUGGGCACGAGACUGGCAUCGGCGGAGCCACUGGCGCUUGCCGCACCGUUUACGAUUGUUGCCGGGCCGAGUGGCCCGGCGCUCGGCCACGCCGACGGGCGCGGAGCCCAGGUCCUGCUCGAGUAUCCAGCACUAGUGCAGAGUCUCCAGUGCGUGGGCGAUACCCGGACGCUUGUCUUUGCCGACGGCGCGGGUUGCGGUUUCUGGCGGGUGCGGGUGCUCGACACCCGGACCGACGACGUUCGCACGCUGUGCGGCGACGGCUCGAUUGUCUCGCUCUCGUCGCAAAAAAUCGAUCGGAGCGAGCUUGCCACUGAGUCGCGCGAGCUCCGUCCAUGGCUUCCUCCCGGGCCGUACAUUGGAUCGAUGGCCGUGCUCGCACACCUCAUGCCGCCGGUCCUGCUUGUUGCUGUUCGGCCGCACUUUGGCUCUCGGACGACGAGCCUCCACAAGAUUCCGCUUUGGGGCUGGGUUCACUGGCGGCCGGAGCGUCACCACAUGUUUCCCCUGCCUGUUCGGGCUGCUAUUGAGACUGUGCUCAUCAUCGCCAAGCGCCGUGAGGCCGAUUCUGGCCUCGGUAUUUUGCCGCUCGAGAUUGUGUGGAUGAUUGCAGCGGCUGUAGCCACUGCUGAUGGCUGGAACGAUGCACGAGGUGUAGAGAAGAGCAACGAGUAA